AUGACCUAUUUUCCAUUCACUUUCCUCUUCAACGUCCCCGGCUUAUCUAACCCGUUUGCUUCGUCGGCACCAGCCUCCUCCGAGGCCGAGAUUGGCAGUCACGAGCAAUGCAGCCAGGCUCAGACCGACACUAAACGCCUGAAACGGAAUUAUGAUGAGAGUAGUGCUCAGACUAGCUCGGGCCCUGCCCCUGCUUAUCGGAGACAUCGUCCACCGUCUGGCCCGCCUCCUGCCCGGCUAGUUCGCAAGAGGGGAUGGCAGCCUUCUUCUCCUGAACCUUCCCAAGCCACCAUCAUCGCUCCCUCCACCACUGGCAUAUUCGACAUUGUGCCAAAGCGUCCAGACAUGGCGAACGCACAGAUCAAAGGCGACGACGUUGAAGUUGAACUCCCGCCUUCGAAGAGGCGCAAGGGUCUUACCGAGACAGUCAUUUCCGCCGCCUUCAAUACUGCCCUAGUUGGCGCGGCCGUUGGUCUCACAGUGUUUAGAAUGUGGAAGGACAGAGGGAAGGAGACUGAGCAAGUGCAAUCACCGCCUCCUCCAUACGAAGAAGAAUGGGCGCCUACCCGACGCGGUAUAUCGGAAUCGGGGUCAGAGACGACUCGAUCGACCGUUUCUCGCGCAAACAAGGCGCAUGGUACCCCUUCACAUAAACGGCAUACAGGCUCCGUUCGUCAUCGACAAAAGGUUACCAGAAAGGCGAACUCUGCUAGGAAAGACAGGGAGGUUUCCCCGAGAGUCUAUCCCUAUGCUCAGCAAGACGGUUUUUCCUCCGUACGUAACUCCAGCGCAAAAGUGGACGAGUUAGACGAGAUGGACUGGAUAGGCGAUAGACUUGCUCAGCUUAUUGAGGAAGGGAAGCGUGCGCUCGGAACGGAAAUAGUCGUUGAAAGCGAGGCACCCGAGGAUGAAAUUGACGAUGGCAGCGGAAAUUGGGUGGAGGAAGAUUCGGAAGAGCUUUCGUCCUUUACUUCUUCCUCCCGGCGGGAAAUCCCAAUGAGUCAUCCUAAACGCUCUUGCGCAUAUAGUGUCCCUGCAUCAUCGACUCCUCGCCGUACCGCUCUCUCACAUUCUCGCUUUCAUUCCGAUGACUUGACCGCGAGUCCCAUGUCAAUACCCAAUCAAUCGACAGACUCCGCGUUUGAAUCCAGUGCUGGUUCGACUUCCUUUCUCUCUAGGACAUACGAAGCUGAAAGCCCGUCAAUCCGCGACUCGAUGGAACGUGCUCGUGCCGCAUACCUCCAAAAACGCGGUCUGGCGCUCGACAAGCAAUGAGACGAUUCUUCCUUUCCUAGAUUCUCUCAAUCCCGACUUUUUGGCUAUUUUAUUUUUCGUCGUUCUGCAAGCUUUAUUUUAUUAAUACGCAUCGCAUUGCUAUGACCCACAGGUAGACUUUUAUUUUCGGUUACUUUCUAAAAUCCGCAAUCCUAUGGUAUUGUUGCUAUAUCCGCUAUGCCCGCUAUGACCGUCAUGCCCUUUCUUCAUUCUUGAUGUUCGGGACUACGGAGUCGACGCUGUUUAAUUUAUUAUGUAGUGUAGCUUUUCUUUCUUCCACGGUCUGUAUUAUUUUUCGUUGUUUGU